AUGCUUAAGGGAGAUUCAGCAAGGGGAAAUAUAACCUGUUGGAAAGGUCAUGAUGAACUGGUCACAGCGAAAGAAUUAUUCGCAACUCACUUGAAAGUGGACGAAAGGACAAAACAAAUUUACAAGAACUUCAACGUGAAGGAAUAUGUAAUUGAAGUUAUGCAAAACAAAGGGAAAGAAAAGUGCGAGGAGGAGACGUGUGAGAAGGUGAAUGAUAAUAAUGAGGAUAAAAAUGGGAGGUGCGUAGGAGGAAAUGAAGAUGGAAAAGAGAUUGAAAGGAUGAGUAAAACAAAUAAUAGGAAUAUUUCGAAUGGGGAAGAUAAUGAAGAUAAUGCAAACGAAGCAGAUAAUGAACACAGUGGUGGAGAUACAGAUAGUGAAUAUCGAAGAGGAGACGAACAUGCAUAUAAAGAAGAAUUACAGUUUUUAAAAUCCAAUCCAUUGGAUCUGAACAGAUGGCAUGAAUUUUUAGAAAUAUAUGAAAGAGAAGAAGCAUAUGAACUAUUUUUAUUAAUUUUUCCAAGGUGUACAUUAUAUUGGACAAAAUAUGCAGAAUUAAAAAUAAAAAAAAAGGAAUAUAAUGAAGCUUAUAAAAUAUAUAGAAAAUGUAUUGAUGCAAAUAUAUAUGAUUUGAAAUUAUUUUUUUCGUUUUUGUAUUUUACUUAUCAUACUUCAUCUAUUCAUGAGUAUAUAAGUUUUUUAUUUGAAGGCUUGAAAUAUGUAGGAACAGACAUAAAAUCAGGAAGCAUUUGGGUUGAAUUAUUAUACAUAUUAAUAAAAAUACACAACACUAAUUUGAUACUAAAUAAUGAUAUACAAAAUUUAUUAUAUGACCCUUUUAAGAAUAUAAAUAAUAGAAACAGAAAUGAAGAAGGCCCAUUAUUACCUUCUGAAAAUGAACAAAUGAUAUUCAGUUCACCUAUUCCAAAUAAAACCUCCAAAAGUAUUUUAUAUACAGAACAUUACACAAAUGAUGGGAAAUUAAGAAAGUUUUAUCAUUGUUGGAUCAAUAAUCCAACAAAAUAUUUAGAUAAGGUAUGGAAGUGUUUCUGUUCAUAUGAAAAAAGUAUUACAGAUAAUUUCACAAACAGUUCUUUAGCUGCAUAUAAUACACAAUAUUUAAAUUCCAAAAAUGCCUACAGAGAAUUGUACAUUUUGUACAAAGAAUUAAAUCGUGAUAGAAAAUCUAAAAUUUGUAAAAAAUGUAAAUUAAUAAUACCUAUUAAUAGAAAAUAUAAAAUUGAAAAUUACGUCCUACUUGGAAAAUGGAUGAAAAUUAUUAAUUUUGAAAAAUCAAAUUCGCUUAAAUUAUCUUUACCUUUAGUGCGUAAAAGAAUUAUGUAUGUGUAUGAACAGGCAUUAAUACAUUUACAAUUUAAUGCCGAUUUGUGGUUUUCGUAUUUCCAAUUUUUGCUCCUGAAUAAAAAACAUAACUAUGCCAUUAGAAUUAUGAGAGAAGCAAUAGAAAUUUAUUUACCCUUUGAUGAAUUGUUAAAAUUGAAUUUUGCUUACUUUUUUGAAAAACAUGCACUAUUAAACCAAGCCCAUUUUAUUUAUCAGUUGAUGCUUAAUGAAGUAACAAAAAAGAGAAAGAAGUUUUCUCUUCUCUUUUUGCACUCGAAGAAAAUGUUUAAAAAGGGAUUCUAUGGUUUUAUGAGGAAGAAGACAAGGAGGAGAAAGGUUAAAAGGAAGAUAUCUGAAAAAGAUCAAAUUCAUAGAACAGAUGCUGCAGCUGAUAAUAUUGACGAAAAAAAAGAUACUGAUCAAAGUUACACCAGGAGCGAUGGGGAAGGAAAGAAGGGAUGUAAAAAAAUCAAAGCAGUUAGGACAUCUCCAGAGAAGACAAACACUGCAGGCAUUAAUAGCAGCAGUGAGAUCGAGCAUGAACACGGGAAAGAUAAAAACAGUGGAAGUUAUUCAAAUGUGGAAGAAACAGACCAGAUGCAGAAUGCAAAGAACAAGGGAAAUGAUGAUCUUAGCCCGUGUGAAGACAAUUUUAAGAAAAAAUUUCAUCAGUGUGAAUACGAAAAAAUAGAUGAAAGAAAAAAAUAUUUUAUAAAAUACAUUAACCUAAAUAAGAGGAAAAGAAGAGAUUUUGUUUUCGUGCACUUCUUAAAUUUUGUUAAAAGGAAUUAUGAUGAAACGAUAUGGAGAUAUUACACGGGAAUAAUUUUAAAUGAGAAAAAGUGUUCACAGUAUAUAUAUUAUUAUUGUGCAAAUAUGGAAAGGAGAAUUUUAAAAAAUGAGAAGAGAGCUUUAUACAUUAUGAAUGAAGGUUAUAAGAAAUAUGGAUCAAAGAAAGGGUUUCUUUUAUUUUACAUUAAGUUUUUAAUAGAAAAGGGAAAUAUUUGUGAAAUAAGAUCCUUAAUUUACAAAUUUAUUCAUAAUUUUUAUGCAAAAUUUUAUAAGGAGUAUGAUAAAGAACACAGUUGUUCUAGUAGAAAGAAUGUAAAAGUGAAAUUAGGACAAAAUGAAUUCAAUCAAUUUGACUCCAAUUACCUAAAAUUAUUGAAAAAAAAAAAAAAAACUUGUAGCAAAUAUUGGACUUUACUAAUGCAGCUAGAAAUACUAUACGGUGAUAUUAACAAUUUGAAUAAAAUUUGGGAAACGAAACUGAAAUAUGAAUCAGGUUACAAUUUGGAAGAAAAUAAAAACAUUCUUAUAGAUUUUGAUAACAUAUCGAAUAAUUAUGAACAUAUUUCAUUAGAUGAUUCUACACUCACAGACAUACUUAGUAAGGGUUGUCUUGAAAAUUUAAAAAAAAACGAUAUUGAUAAUUUGCAGUUUAAAAUAAAUUUACUUAAUUCUCAAUUGUUUGGUGGAAUGUCUUUAAAAAAAACAUUCACCUUCUUUCAAGUUAGUAGUACAAAUGUAUUUGAAGAAUUAUUAUCCUUAAAUGAUUGCGUAACGAAAAUUAAAAAAAAGGAGAGGAAAAAAAAAACAGAGAGGCAAGAGCAACAUCAAGGGGAAAAGAAAAAAAAAAAAAAAAAUGCGAUGGAAGUAGAGGAAGAAGAUGAAGAUGAAGAAGAAAAGAACCAACGUGUGAGAUUUCUGAAUGAACAUGCAAAUAAAGAACACUUAAAUGAGAGCGAUAUAAGUGAAAACCGCAUGAACAAAAGGAACCCAUGCCAAAGUAACUUCAACGAAAAGAGAGGGGAAGAAGGAGGAGGAGGCAUAGAUAAUAACGAGUUUGAAAUCGUCAACUUAAGGAAACAAAAAAGGCGUUUCAUUAAAAAAGGCACAAUGAAAUCUACUUAUGAUUCUUUCAAUUUUUUGGAUUCUGGAAAAAGUGUAAAAAAAAAAAAAGAAAAGAACAUUAGUAGCAGUAUGAAGAAUGGAGAAAAUAAAAUAGAAGACAAAACAGUCGUAACAGGUGACACGGUUACUUAUAUCAGUAGACCGAAUUUAAAAAAAAUGAUUUUAUAUAAACCAUUGGAAAAUUAUGAGCAUUCUGAAAUUGAUGGAGGAAAAAUACCUGAUAAAAAAAAUAUAUCUAUGAGCGAAUAUCCAUAUUGUGUAAAUGAUAUGAACAAAAAUGAUGAUAGGAAUUAUUUCUUUAAGCGUGAAUACUUUACUAUGCCUAAUAUAAUAAACGAUUUUUUAAGUUUGUUACCGGAAGAAAAUUCAAACCUAAAUGUGUCAGAUAAUUCUAUUGAUUACUUAAUUACUUCCUUACAAAAAUUGACAAUUCCAAAAUUGAAGAAAUUUCCUUAUGAGCCUAUACCUGUAAAGGAUAUCAUACAAAUUAAAAGCGAGUUGAACAGUUAA